AUGGGCAAAAGUAUCAUCCUCACGGGUGCUUCUCGCGCUAUCGCUAAGUAUCUCUUGCAGGCGCCACAUCGCUGCAAUGUGGUUGUUGUUGCCCGCACUGAGGCCCCCUUGCUGGAGCUUAAGGAGCAGUAUGGCACUCAGGUGCAGGUUGUCUGUGGUGAUAUCACCGACCCCCAGGUUGCCCAUAAGGCCCUUGCCCAGGCUCUCUUGUCCUACAGCAAACUCGACGGCCUUGUUAUCAAUCACGGAGUUCUUCCCCCCGUCACCCGCCUCGACCAGUUCUGCCACCGAGAGUGGGUGAAGGCGUACGAUAUUAACUUCUUCAGCGCCGUGGAGCUUGUCAAGCAAUGCAUCCCGCAUCUUCGCCUGGUUCGUGGCAGAGUCAUCUUCACUUCUUCCGGUGCUGCAACCGGACCCGUCAACGGCUGGGGCAUGUACGGCUCCUCCAAGGCGGCGUUGAACCAUCUCAACAUGACUCUGGCCCAUGAGGAGCCUGAAAUCGUCUCUAUUUCCAUCCGCCCAGGCAUGGUUGACACUGACAUGCAGCACCACCUCCGCUGUCAGCAUCUCGGCAUUCUCGGUCCCAAGGACAGCGCUAAAUUCGUCAAGGCCCAUGAAGAGGGAAAGCUGUUGAAGCCAGAGCAGCCUGGCACCGUCAUUGCCAAGCUUGUCAUGAAUGCAACUCAUGAUCUCAGCGGCAAAUUCAUCACGUUCGUCUUCUUCCUACCGUAA